AUGGCGCUUUCCCAAAGAUCUGUUCGCGCCUUGGACCGCCUCCGAACGUACUCCCCUCCGCCAACGCAAUGGUAUAACUGCCCCCUUACGAGACGCGCGGCAGUCCUUAUAUUGCUCUUUCCGGACCGGCAUGGCGAGCUCAAGGUGGUCCUCACGAUGCGCAGCGCGCAGUUACGCAACUAUGCGGGACAGGCUGCGCUGCCCGGAGGCAAAGCAGAUACACUCGACGAGUCGCCGUGGGACGUCGCACGACGCGAAGCGGACGAGGAGAUCGGGCUGCCCAUGAAUGAGGAGAAGCUUCGAGGAUUUACCGUGGAGCACCUUUGCGAACUCCCUGCGAACCUUGCAAAGACCGAGCUCGGAGUGCGGCCCUGCGUCGCCUUUCUGCGUCCGGCAGAGACAUCCUCCGACGUGCCCGCUUCCUCCGACACGAACAGUCUCUCUGUAGAAGAAAGGCUUAUGCCGCGCCUCGACCCCAGGGAAGUAGCAGCGGUCUUCACGGCGCCGUUUCACAACUUCCUGCGCAAAGGGUGGGAGGGUGAAGGCCCGCCACCAGUGCAGAAAGACGAGCCUAGCGCAUUCGACAGCCUCACCACCUUCAGAGUAUUUGGCAUGACAGCAAGAAUACUAGUCGAUGCGGCCCGAGUGGCAUAUGGCGAAGAGCCUGAAUUCGAGCACAACAGCCACCAUGGGGAUGAAGAGAUGAUAGGGAGGUUGUUGAAGAUGGGCAGGCUCAGUGAAGUGAGGAAGAAAGGUGAGGUACUUACGCGCGAGGUACUGAAAGAAGCCAGUAAAAUCUAG